AAAGACCCUUUCGUGCAAUCGGCCCCAGACAACUUGCUUGUAAUUUUGCCUACAUUGUUGCAUCAAGUGAUAUGGGAUCAGCAGAGAACCAAACCAAGUCAAGCAGGAAGCGUAAAUCUGCUGAUAGUUUGACUGCAACUGAAAAGGAUGAGGAGUCAACUUCAGGAAACAAGCUGGCAAAGAAGCAGAAGAAGAGUGGCAAAACAGUAGUUGCUGAGCAGGCUACAGUUCAUGAAGGAACAAAUAGUGCUUCAGUUCCAUCACCUGAAGCCAAGCUAAAGUACUCUGCAGAACAAGUGGCGGAAUGGAAGAAGAGAAAAGCAUAUUUCCAGAAACAGAAGAUGCUACAACCAAAGUUGUUUCUUGUAGAGAAUACUCCCAAAAUGAAUGGCAAUCACAUCUCAGCCAAUGGAAGUGACAAAGAAAAGAAUGUAGAUUCACCAAAGACAAAAGUACCAACAAUACUUAAGAGAAAGGAACCAAUAACACUCACAGAAAUCUUAUAUCUUCUUCAGUAUGGAUUGCUAGGAAAUGCUGCAAGUUUUCAACCAAGCUGGUGCAAGCUACUUAGGGUUGCCAAGGUGAAGAAGGUUGUUUUCAUCAUCCUGAAUGGUGUAACCAGUAUAAUUUACAGGAGAAAGAGACAUUGCUUCCCAAAUAUUGCUUCCAAGUCAUUUUCAGCCAAAGUCAUUCCAGCCCUUAGUUACUUUGCUAUGCUUCAAGAUGUUCUAUCCACCCUGAAAAGCAACACUCGAUUUAGCCUUCACAAACACAGGAUAAUAGCAGCUAUGAAAUAUGAGAAAGCAGUCAAGGAGAAUCAGAUGAAUGAAGAACUGAAACUGAUUGAGGAAAAGGCAGAAAAUGGCAUCGUGAAUGGACAGGAUCAACCAGGGAAGACCUACUACCUGGUCAGUAGGGAAGAGAUGGAGAGUAGGGGAUACCCCUGCCCAGAUGACCCAGGAUGUGUUCACACCAGGCAUGUAGAGUGUGUCAAUGAUCAGAGCCCGAUUAUAGGCAUCGAUUGUGAAAUGGUGCUUACAUCUGCUGGUUCUGAGCUAGCGAGGGUCUCUGUCACCAAUGAGGAAGGGAAGAUGCUCUACAACUCACUAGUCAAACCAACAAAUCCUGUCAGGGAUUAUCUCACCAAGUAUAGUGGAAUGUCAAAGAAGUUGUUGGAUCCAGUUGAGACCCGGCUUGCUGAUGCUCAGAAGGCUGUCAUUGGUGUCGUACCAGAGGAUGCCAUCUUGGUGGGACAGGGAUUGGAGAAUGAUCUUAGAGCUCUCAAGAUCUAUCACCCUCAUUGUGUGGAUACGAGUAACAUGUUUACUGCAUCAGGACGGAGAGUCAAGCUGAAACUCUUAGCCAAAGAAUACCUCGAUCGUGACAUUCAGUGCAGUACAGCCGGUCAUGACUCUAUAGAAGAUGCAGUAGCAUCUAUGGAUCUCUUCAAGCUCAAACUAGCUAAGGGAGAUCAGCUUAGGAACUACUACAGAGAGUGCAGUUCAGGACCAGUCUUUGCUGCUAGAGAGAGUAUAUUUGAGCUGGCUGAGGAGCAGGGGAAGAAAGUGACUGCUGUUGACACUAGAUUUACACUCAAGAAAUUCAAGAAAGAACCUGUUAGCUGUGUUGUGUGCUCCAAUGACAAAGAGAUUUGUAAGAAAGCCUGCAGUGCACUCUCCAGUUCAGAUUUUGUCUGCAUGCAACUCCAUGGUUAUAACAAUCUAACUCAAGGCAACACAGUAGAUGAUGUAGAUAUUGAGACGACACUUUCCCUGAUGGAUGAACGGGUAGGCACAGUACUGGAAGCCCUUCCUCACAACUCCUUACACGUAAUCCUUAUGCCUGGGACUACAGAGAUGAGACACGUCAAGGAUCCAAAGCGAGGGGACUACAAGAUGAGGCACGGGAGAUGUGUCGUUGGUCUCAAUCUAGAGCAAAUCAAGUACCCGGACAAUAGAUAACGCUAACUUUUAAGUCUGAUUGGAACUUAUAUGGACUUAACACUUAGACAUUAUCCGUACUGGUACUUUUUGAAAUUCAAAUAAGUACUACAGAGACAGAGAAUGUUUCGAUAGGAUUUUUCAAACACUUUCUACUACUACAAUGUGAAAAUAUAUUGUAUUUGAUGACUGAGUUGGCGACAGGCAUUCCAUAAAAAUGUGGUCUGAAUUCAUGUAGAUUAAUUGAGUGAUUGCAUUGAUUAAAUCUAUGAUUGAAAUCAGGUUUCCAGAGAGAUUUUACUUCCCAGACCAUAGAAAUAAUAUCCGGUGUAAUCUGUGUAAUACACGAGAAGCAAGAAAAGUUUACCGUCAUUUCCAGUUAUAUAAACUGCAUGGAUCUGCUAAUAGGGUGGAUUAAAAAGAUCUGUUGCACCAACAUUUUUAAUGACUGCCUGACGUAGCAACACAAUUUCUAAAAUUUUAAAUCUUGUUCGGAGUGAUGUCAUGUGUAUGCACAUAACUGAAAGAAAAUUAAAUUCUAAACAAAGAUAUUUUAGAUUCCUGGGAAAUACCCAUACUUUUGAAUCCCUAAUAAUUUGAGAGGUGAUUUUUACCAACUGGUUUUACAAGCUACUGAAAUCCUUGUAACUGAAAAACUGUUACACGAAACAUUCCAUUUGCCUAUAGUCUUGAUAUUUGCCACUUGAAAUAAGCUUAAGAUUUGGAGAGGCAAGACCUCUUUGAGUGUUGAUGUCACGUGGCAGCUUCACCAGCUAGCCUGCAAUGGAAAUGGUGGCUUCAUAAUGUAAUGAGUCAGGUAAUGGCAGCAAAUUAUGGAUUGUAUUUGUCAAACUGGGUGUGGCAGUGUCAUUUGCUCCGAGUUUGUACCAGAAUUUAAAUGUGCUGAACAAGAGUGAAUCUUGUCUUCCAAGCUUUGUUGUGACGAGUAAGUGAAUUCAAACUAUAUCUUUUGCAGUGCUUAAUUAAGUGCUUUAUCAGAGACAUGUAUGGGAAAAUGAGAAGAGAUUUUUAUAACUUGAUUUCUUCAGCUGCUUUCAUGACAUUGCACCCAGGAUGUAAUGUCACACACUGUAAAUCACUUGUGUGGUUUAUUUCUAUGACAGAUGAAAUAUAUCCAUGUAAUAAACGUUGUUCACUUGUUAUAGCUUGAAA